GCGUCUUGCAGAGCUGCAGAAGUUUGCUUUUCGAUUGCCGAACAGUGUGCUGUGCUGGGAAAAAGUGGUCGCUCGGUACAAUUUUUCGCUGUUUAUGGAUAAAACGACCGGAGUUGCCACAUAGUGAGGUGUGAAAUUAUUCCUAAUUGUGCUCAAGUGUUUAAUGACUGUUGGAUAAUUUUCUACAAUGAUCUCGACGGGUAUCUGUCGAUGGCUGUUCCUGCUGAUAUCCCUCUCAACAUGGACGAAAUUGAUAGAUUCAAAAGAAAUGCGAAUAGUCUGCUACUACACCAAUUGGUCGGUUUACCGUCCAGGACAGGCGAAAUUCAGCCCCCAAAACAUCAACCCCUAUUUAUGCACCCAUUUAGUUUACGCAUUCGGAGGAUUUACCAAAGAAAACACUCUCAAGCCGUUUGAUAAGUAUCAAGACAUUGAAAAAGGAGGCUACGCCAAGUUUACAGGCCUGAAAACUUAUAACAAGGACCUCAAAACCCUGAUAGCCAUUGGAGGAUGGAACGAAGGUUCUACCAGGUUUUCAUCUAUGGUGGCCAGUUCUGAAAGAAGGAAGGAAUUAGUGAAGAACACCAUAAAGUUCCUGAGGCAAAAUCACUUUGAUGGGUUGGAUCUGGAUUGGGAGUAUCCAACGUUUAGAGAUGGUGGCAAACCGAGGGAUAGAGAUAAUUAUGCUCAGCUUGUUAAGGAAUUGCGAGAGGAAUUUGAAAGGGAAUCCGAAAAGACUGGCAGGCCUAGAUUGCUUCUAACGAUGGCAGUGCCGGCUGGUAUAGAAUAUAUUAACAAAGGAUACGACGUACCUAAAUUGACCAAAUAUUUGGACUGGAUGAAUAUUCUCAGUUACGACUAUCAUUCAGCAUUCGAACCCGCAGUCAAUCAUCAUGCACCUCUUUACUCACUGGAGGAAGAUAGUGAAUAUAAUUACGACGGCGAGCUCAAUAUCGAUUACACGAUAAAACACUACUUAAAAAUGGGAGCAGAUCCCAAUAAAUUGGUUCUUGGUAUUCCCACGUAUGGACGCUCCUACACUUUAUUUAAUCCGGAAGCGUACGAAAUUGGAUCACCUGCUGAUGGACCAGGAGACAUGGGAGAAGCCACAAGAGAAAAUGGAUAUUUGGCUUAUUAUGAGAUAUGUGAAAAUGUGAAAAACCAAGACUGGGAAGUGGAGGAACCGUUCCCCAAAGCAAUGGGACCGAUCGCGUUCAAAGACAACCAAUGGGUGGGUUAUGAUGACGAAAACAUUGUUAGAAAGAAAGCGGAAUAUGUAGCCGAAAACAGUUUAGGAGGAAUCAUGUUUUGGGCUAUCGAUAAUGACGACUUUAGAGGAAAUUGCCAUGGAAAACCUUAUCCUUUAAUCGAGGCUGGCAAAGAGGCCCUAAUCAAUGCUUAUGGGUUAACGGAGGAUAAUUUGAUAUCGCCCCCUGCUAAGCCUACGAAAUUGCCUAAAAAACAGAGACCACGAACGAGCAGAACCACUACGACCGAACGAUCUGAGGAAAUUGUAGAAGAAACCACAACCAGGCGAAGAAGGAUUAAGCCAAAGAUCCGCAAUGACAACCAACUCGCAACUCCAGCGAAGAAGCGGAGGAAUGAGUCCGGGAGAAAAGCAGCAGAAACAUCGACUUAUAGUAGUUUGAAAAUCGUCACUCCUGCAUAUACCACUCCUGAGCCACCGGCGACUCCUGAUAUGGGCGGAGCUUUUAAGUGCGAAGACGAGGGAUUUUUCCCUCAUCCAAAAGACUGCAAGAAGUACUUCUGGUGCUUGGGAGGCCCGGGCGAUACUGGAAUCGUGGCCCAUCAGUUCACGUGCCCUGCAGGUUUGCACUUCAAUAAGGCUGCUGAUUCUUGCGAUUACAGCCAAAACGUAUUUUGCAAUAAAAAAUCAAAGCCUUCAACUACCACAACAAAAGCCGGCGCUUCUACUUCAACUGAAGCCUCAAGUUCUGCGAAGCCCACAGUUAAUAGUGUCUUUUCAACCACCAGAGCUCCACCUAAAAUUACAGCGGCUACCAGCAAAACUACCAUUAACUUUCGGACUACUACCACUACUGAAGCGUAUGAAGAUGAGGAAUACGAAGACGAAGAAGAGGAGGAACCGAAUAAAAGAGAAGAAUCCGAAGAAGACCCUCAAGUGAUCAAAGAACUAAUCGAUCUGAUUAGAAAAGCUGGAGGAAUCGAGGAGUUGGAGAAACAGUUGAAAUUUGGCAAAGACUUCAGUCCUUCAACUUCAUCGUCCGACGCAACCACUCCUUCAGCGAUCAGCAAGUCCUUGUAUGAGCGAGUUUUAAGCAAGACCAGCAAAAACACGUUGAGUGCUCUGAAGAAAACCAAUAGAAACAGCGGCGGGCGGCAAGGGAACGGAGAGGAAGCUAGUAGGGGCAAGCAAUCUGAUACCCGAGGGCGGCCUCAAUAUAAAACUUUGACUAGGCAGAGGUCUUCAACCGAAGAACCUAGAGAACAGGAUACUGAUUCUGAAGACACCGAUAGCAAGACAAGAGGAUCCUAUCGGCCGACAUCUUCACUCGAAUAUGUGAAUAUUCGCCGGCCUAAAGCUAGUACGACUACUGAAGCCAAUGAUGAAAGUGGCUUCAGCAGGAACAAGAUACUGGGGGAGUUUGAUAGUGAAAGUGACGAAGAAAUCACCGAAGAUGUAACAAGAAGAAACAAUAUCCCUCAAUAUGUGAAUAUCAGUAGGCAAAGGCCAUCGACGACUGAACCUUCAGCAUCUUCAACGAAGUAUUCGGCUGUUAGACGAUCCACCUUAUCACCAGUAGAUCCUGAAUCUGAGGUUGAUCCAGAAGAUAAAAAAUACAAUAUUAUAAGGCGUGGAUCUACCACUGAGGCAACGACUACGUCCCAAGAACCUACAAAUCUCAGAUAUCAAACUCUACGAAGAGGCACUACUACCACUCCAACUUCCCCUACUGAAGCUGACACCACUGAGAUAACACGAAGGCGAUUAACCACUACUCAAGCUUCAACAACCAUCAGCAACACAGAAUCCAGAUACUCGAUACUCAGAAGAACCACCACUCCGUCUUCAAUUGACCAAGAAGACACUACUGCAAAAUAUCAAACAGUUAGCAGAGAAACCACCACAUCCUCCACGCCCUCAACAUCUUCAACGAUAAAAUCAACCACAGAACUAAAAGAAGAAGAGAGAACAGAAGAACCGACUACCGAGCUGGACGCAAUUGGUACCACUCUACCCCAGGAGGCUUCAAGUAAUAUUAAAACAGUCACCACGGAAAAUAUCACGCCCUCUAGCACACACAAGAGUACGACAGAAAGUAAAAACAAUUCGGUUGGCAGUAGCUUGAAUACAACAACGGGAAGUCCCGUUGAAAGUGAAACCAAAAAGAAACGGCCUAGUUUAUUCCAACCACGGCCCUUCUCGAUUGGAAGCACAACUGAAAAAUCCGCUAGUGAAACCACCACCACUCCAGCUUCCAAGGUGAGUCAAUCUUCUUUCAAAUUCCGUGUAAGAUCAACCACCACUCCUUCUCCCGAUACUGUUUCCACUAUCAACACCACUAUUAGACCCAGAGCGAGAGGUAGAUUUAGCAAUGCGAAUAGGAACCUAAAUGAAGACAAGGAACAGCAGGAAAAAAUUGAGCGAACCGCUGAAAGUAAACCUGUUCGGACUAGGAAGAGGGUGAUAACAACCACUGAAUUUCCGGUGGAUUCUAACGAAGAAGUUGAUAGAAAGUAUAGACCGGCUGAAUUAGCGGAUCUGUCGUCAUUAACAGCUGCUGAUUUAAAUCUUCGAGGCGGUGAAUUUAACAGUAGAAACCGCCGGCGACGCCCAGCGACCAUUAAGCCAAUCUCCAGUUCAACCGAGAAGAGCUUGGAAGAGUCUGCAAAAACUGGACCCAACACUUUGACUCUAGCUAGAAAAAGUAUUGAUGCCACUGCGUUCGGGAAGAGCCGAAGACUGAAUACAACUGGCGAUGAUCAAACUAAUGCCAGCACCAAUCAGGCCGCUGCCAAAAAAUUUGGAAGAGGAUUUCGCACAACCACCCCUAAGGCCACAGUAGAAAUUUCCACAACCAAUAGUACCACUGAAGAAACUCCUCUGAGCAGCAGCAGCAGCAGUGCACGAACUAGGAAAAUUAUUAGGAGAUUUAGGCCCGGCUCUGCUCCAACAAGCACAGAAAAACCUAGUUCAGAACCCAUUUCAGUAACGUCGACCACAGGGACUCCCCGACUAGUUCGCAAAAGAAUUCCCCUCUUCAGACAAAGGCCAAACAAAAGUACUUCUACAACCGCAGCCACUAGCACGGAUGACACUACCACUACAACUGAAAGUUCUUUAGGCCAGCUGUUCAAGCCUCGAUCGAGGUUUGAAGUUGCCAAAAACGACACCAAAAAAACCGAUGAGGAAAUUGAGGAGGACGAACUAUCUAAUGAGCAUACCGACGUCCUCAAUGGCGAAGAAGGUGAAAACAUCAAAUUAUCCGAAUCCAACAUCAGGGAGAGUAGCCAAAUCAACGCGUUUGCUUUUGACGAUAAACCGAAAAAGCGCCGAUUUGGGAAGCCUAAAGAAGCAGCAAUUGUGAAGCCGGAGAAGGAGGAAGAAACAACGACAACAACCACUGCAGCAAGCACCACCAAACUCCCGGAAGCUGAUGACACAAAUAACACUCCAAUUGAGCCCAGCAGAAUAAUACGGACUAGGAAGAUUAUUCGGAAGCUUAGCACAACACCAGCUACAACAGCUAAAAAUGCUGCAACUGCUGAAGGCAAUAAGAAGCAAAGAAUCCUUCUGGUAGGUCGUUCUCGAGCUUCCCACUCCGAUCAAAUCAAAGCGCGGCCAAACAACCCGAGAUUUAGAGGCAGAACUUCCACAACUACAGAAUCCUCAACUGAAGCAGCAAGUACCACAACUUCGCUCCCAAUUUCCUCAACGGAGCCUGAAGCUGUUACUGCUCCCAAGGAAACUACUGAAAAGCGUCGAACUUUCAGACCAAAUUUCGCAAAACGAACCACAGAAGAACCUGAGGAAGAUGAUGCAAAAAGUGAAGAACCUCCUACGCUAUCCACCACAACCGAAAGCUUUGCUUCCACAAAAUUCCCUAGACUGAGCUUAUAUACUAGACCACCAUUUUCCACUACAGAAGUCGAUCAUGAUGAUGAGGAAUUUAACUUUGAAGCAGACAACGAUGAUGAAGAAGGUUUUGCCGAUGAUAGCGAUGAUGAUGAAGACGAAGAUGACUACAUGCCAAAAUAUACAAUCUUUACCACAUCUUCUAUUGAACGAAUGCAUAAGUUCGAAUCCAACACCAAUUUCAACGACGAAGAUGAGGAAGGAGUGGAUGUACCACCGAAGACCAACAAAUCAGUUAGUUCACUGGUUUAUACAAAAGCAUUGAAUAGCCGCAAAGAAUCCGAAAAAAUUCUCAACAAAAAUACUGGAGAAGAGGAGCAAAUUAGGAAGGAGGAGGAAGCAAGGAAUAAACUCUUAGAAGAUGAGAAAGAACGGGCUGCCUUUAUAAGGGAACGUGUGGCCUUAGGUAAAGAGGAAAUCGCCUCUCAGUCGCAGAAGGAUCUAUUGAAAUCCCGAGUAGGCUAUCGAUCGGAAACAACCGCCUAUGUAGCUCCUAUCACUGAUUCUCCUGAAAGCACAAUACGCAGCGACGUGGAGAACGAGCUAAAUUACUCAACUGUCGCGCAGGAAACGACGGAAAACCUAGACUCCACCACCAUAAAAAUAAAUCUAUCCACAGACGCUGAGACUGACAAGACCGUGCUUUCAACCACCGAAAAAUUAGCCGAAACCACUCUGAAUAUAAUCGCUAAUUCUGAUGUGGAAAAUGAAGCAACCGAGGCGGUAAACACAUCUUCAACUGAUGAAACUACGACUGCCUCCGUUGAAGAAACAACAAACCCGAUCAUAAGCAACUCCACGGAAACUACGACAGAGUUUCGUCGAAGAAGCACUUUAAGGUCAAUUAAGGAUCGGCCCAAGCUGGGACUCGGGAGGAGAGUUUCAAAGAGACCAAGUGCUUCAUCUACCACAACGGAGCCAACAUUGAGCAGCAGUACCAGAAGAGGAUUUACUAGAUCUUUCACCAGAGGCAGGACUCAAAAGACAACAGCUGCAUUGGAUGCGUCCACUAAACCUGUCACUAGGGCGUCUCGCAGCACUUCCCCUUUGCCCUUAAACAAAUUGUUAUAUAGAUACAGUACCACGGCUAGAAACAGAUUUGAUUCCGAUCUAGAUGGCGAAGACGAUGAAGAGGAGGAGGGAGAUGAAUAUGAUGACGAUGAGGAAGAAGUAGAAGAGCACGAAAACAGCCUCAAUUCUAGACCGUUGUUUUCUCAAUCUUCUACGACUUCUCCUCGAGUGGUUAACAGACCCGCUGAUGCUAGGAAAACUAAAAAGGCCCCCAACAAGCCAAAGUUCUCCAAAGCGUCAUUAACAUCAUCAACUACCGAAAAGAGCAGUUUGGAGGAUCUGGGAGUAGACACUGAGGCGGUGAAGAAUCGGAACAAAAAUCUAUUCUCCAAGCGAAAAAUGAAUACGCCUAUUCCAUAUUCGUCUACCACUCCCCUAGUUGAACUCUCCUCAUUGGAGACGACUACGACUACUCCGAAUACCAGCGGCACUGAUUCUACGGAUCCGAACUUAACCACCCUCCACCAUAUUUUUGCUGAAAUUGGAGGCGAUGUUGACACAACAACGGAAAUGAUGAAUCCGUCUUCGGUGACAAAUGCUGGAAAAUUGGAACGGCUGAUCGAAGUUAAUCGGAUAGUGGAAGUUAAGACCAAGCAAGCCAAAGUGAAGAAUCACGCGGGGCAGAUUGAGGAAGACACUAGAGUCGAGUCUUUGCCCACUUUGGAUAAAAUUGGAGAAAUUUCCAGAAUUACGUUGAUUAAAAUAGUUGAUGGGAACAGUGAGACUGUUAUCAAAGAUCCAGAGUCCAAUGAGAUUGGCACUAGUUUGGAAAGUAGGACUCAAUUUGCGCCAGUAUACUCGCCUCCCUUGGAAGUAGCCAAAGUGGAGGAAAUUCCAUCUUCGGCAGUUCUUCAAAACGUCAACUUGAAGAACUUUCAGUUUGAUAUUAAGAUGGAUGUAGGGGACGCUGCAGCUAGCGAAAGGCAGGAGCGCACAUUUCAAAUAUUUGGGGAAAGCAAAGUUGCAAACAGCAAAGAAGUUAAUCCCGACUCUACUGGAAAACCGGAGAUUAUCGAUGGAAUUUCGCAUAUAAACGUAGUAACUCCUAAGCCACUGCUGGUUACUGAGGCCUCCACAAUUUCUCUGCAAGGUUUAUUCCAAACAGAAAAACCCCAUCUUAAUCCAAGCUUCACAACGAAUGAUGAAGUUCUUGAAACCGGGCGUUCUGAAUUUGUGAAUGUGAGAGUUUUGGAUCAGGAUUUGGCAGUAAAUCUGGCAAAGGGUCAGAGGAGUAUGGCAAAUUUCAUCCCUGUUAGGGUGCUGCCUCAGGAUAAUGAAGAAAGCACCGUACAAGCGCACGUUAUGGAGAUAAUUCCCAGGCCAGGAUCGAGAACGAUCAAAAUUGUUCCUAUUCAAGUGGAAAUGUCUAGAAGGCUAGACACGUUUAGGUUGCCUACAAAGGAAAGUGGAAUCAACACAUGAUCAACUGAAAAAUUAGAUGUUAAAAUUAAUUUAUUUAAACAACGACCGUUUGGUGAAACACGCGCAAUGGUUAGUACUCAGCUGCACAUUCGUAGACGAUUUCCAGCCAAUUUUAGCUAAACGGUUUUGUAUGUAAAUAUCCAUUGUUUUUAUGAUAGCAAUUUUGAUUGUAUGUGGAAUGAUUAAUCUAUUGCACGUGUAUAAAUUAACAUGCACCUUUUAUCAAUUCCUGUCUUUCUUUUGUGUGUGCCAUAACUUGGGAAUGAUUCACAUGAUCCAGAAAACAGACCUUGGCUGAUUCGAAUUUUCUUUUGGUUCAGUUUUCGCUCUGGAGAGCCUCAAAUUGUUGGAAUGUCACCUUUUUUGCUUCGAGCAGGCAUAUUAAAAGCCAGAAAAUGUAUUCUAUUGAUUUAAAGCAGUUAAUUAAGUGGAUAUUUUUGCUAAUGCCUGGAAGCUCCUCUCUAUAAAUUCAUAGCUAGCCAUUUUCAAACCCAAAUAAGUACCAUUUUUUAAAUUAUCUGCAAUAAGAAACUGUGAAUCUGCAGAUUAAAUUUAACAAUGUAAUUUUUUAACAAGAAAUAAAAGCACUUUCUUUUCUUAUGUAACACUUUUGCACUUAAUUUCUGAUAAUCUUCAUCACCUGUGCUCUUAUUUCUAACGUAGCCUAUAUUAUCAAUGUGUGUAAAAAACCUAUUAUUUAAUUCCAACUUGUGUGUAAUUGAUUAUUGCGUCGGCCAGUGUGGGUGUUCUUUUCUUUCAUUAUUGUAACUCUGUUUUAAAUAUAAUGUUUGUGAUAUGUACAA